UGUGUGUAUUUUUAAAACUCAGAUCCAUUGUUUAUCAUAUAUUAUGUUUUAUUGUACUGUGAUGGGCAUUUUGCAUAGUUAAAGUGAUGCAUCAGUUAUCACUGUCUUACCAAUGAAGUGACCUCUAUAAGUAGGAGCUAUAACCUUUUGUCUUGUAGACUUUCAGCGGAUCCGUAUUGGAUCAAAGCCUUGCCUGUUAAGUUAGAUCUAGUUUUAGUUGUGAGCUUUAGACAGUGUGCAACCUAAAGUUCCUCCCUACAUUUAUCACAGGAUUUUUAAAUUAGUCACUGUUGGUUUACGAAAUAAACAAUAAAUAUGAAUCCAUUCAUGAACAUUUCCUAAAUGAUAGACACAGGUACAAAGCAGUUUAUGAGACACAUUUUAUAGACAAAUAAAUUCAGACAGUGCCGGAAACAUGUGCACAUGAAUAACUGAAAAGAACAAGUCUGAAAUGAGUAAAUUCAAAAUGACUGAAGCCAUGUUAACAAAGCAUGCAUGAAUGAUAGUAUUAUAAGUAAGCAGACUCAAAAAGUGAAAAAUAUGUGGAAAUGAGUAAUAAUAGUUGAAACCGUAACACAAAGCAAAAGCAUCUGUCCCUGCAAACAAGACCAUGAAUCACUUUCACCAUCCAAAGAAAAUUUUGCAACAGCUUUGUUUGAAAUUUGCUCUACUGGGUGGAUCUGAUUACUCACGUCAGGCCCAACUAGCGUAUGAAAUGCUACACCUGAAAAAUGUUCUCAGUAAAUGCUUUCUGGGGGUUGGGCAAAGGCUUAUAUAACUGUGGAGGGAAACAGCCAGGACAUAAACACUGAGUUACUGCUGUGAAAAACAGACACUAACAAAUGGAAGAUUUGCUCAUACAACAUGUCAACCUGGAGAAGUAUGAAAACCAGGAGAGGCACAAGACGGAGGGCUUCAGAAGCUCCAAAGCCCUGGUGGUGCGAAGAGGGGCCCCAUUCAGAGUCAGUCUGCAGCUGGAGGGCCGACCUUUCAACCCCAGGACUGACUCUCUGAGGGUCAAAAUUAUGCUAGGUCGCCUGUAUGCGAUGAUGCCGGUCACCUUCUCCAAGAGGGUUUCUUCCUCCUCUUGGAAUGCCUACAUGGAUCCAGCGGACUUGAACCUCCACAAGCCCUCCAUCUUCAUCUAUCCUCCUGCCUCUGCCUCAGUGGGAUUCUACAGGUUUCAGCUCUGGGUGCCGUCCAGGGGCGGCCAGCAGAGGACUGCCUUUGGCAAAUUCAUCCUGCUCUUCAAUCCCUGGUGCCGUGAGGAUUCAGUGUAUAUUCCCUUCGAGGACCAGAGAGAGGAAUAUGUCCAGAAUGACUCUGGGUUGCUGUUUGUGGGGACACCUGUGAACACUGCGUCAAGACCAUGGUCCUUUGAUCAGUAUGAGCCUGGUGUUCUGGAGGCAUGCCUGAAUCUGCUCCAAGUCAGCCCUCAGCACCAAAACAACAGAGUAGUGGACUACCUCAACCGAACAAGCCCCAUCUACAUCAGCCGGAUCGUAUCCGCCAUGAUCAACAGUGAGGAUGACCAUGGAGUCUUGAAAGGGAACUGGUCUAGUGACUUCAAACAAGGAGUUCAUCCCUCCAUGUGGACGGGGAGCGGGGACAUCCUGAGACAGUGGGCGCAAACUGCUUACCGCCCAGUCAAGUAUGGACAGUGCUGGGUGUUUGCAGCUGUCAUGUGCACAGUCAUGAGAGUUCUUGGCAUUCCUUGUCGUGUUGUCACAAACUUCAACUCAGCUCACGACACUAAUGCCAAUCUGGUGAUCGAGGAGUACUACAGCGAAACAGGGCAGAAGCUGAGUCGCAACAAAGACAGCAUAUGGAACUUCCAUGUCUGGGUGGAGUGCUGGAUGAAUCGUAAGGAUCUGGGAUUUGGAAAGGAUGGCUGGCAAGUUCUGGACCCGACACCUCAGGAGAGGAGUGGAGGAGUGUUCUGCUGCGGCCCAGCUUCAGUCAAAGCAAUCAAGGAUCAGCGCAUCGACCUUGUUUAUGACAUCCCCUUUGUUUAUGCUGCGGUGAACGCCGACGUCCACAAAUUCAUAGUGAGCCAGGGUCAGGUGGUCAGCCACAGCAAAGACACAGAGAGAGUUGGAUCCCUCAUCUGUACCAAAGCUGUUGGCUUCCCCAGACUCCAGAACAUCACAGGAGACUACAAACACAUCAAAAGCCCAACUUCAACACUUACAUCAAGGAGCUCCACAAUGUCAGAGGACUCAACAGUGAGGAGAGCAAGCUCAUCCGAGGGAGUGCUAGUCCUCCUGACCCUGGAUAAAGCUCCACUUGCAGGAAAGCCCGUCUCCUUCACGGUGAAAGUCACAAACAGACAGAGUGUUGCCAAGAUGAUGAAGGUGCAUAUCAACGCCCAGGCCAAAGAAUACAACCACAGCCCCUCAGACACCUUCUGGGAAAUACACAGCACCCUUGAACUGGCACCCAAAGAAGUCAAGGUGCUGCACCAGCAGAUCCUCCCAGCCCAGUAUGAGGAUGUGGUGGGAGACAACCUGAUCAACCUCGCCGUAGUCCUAGAGGACAUGGCCAAUCAGGAGCGGUUCCUGGCCUCAGAGGAGUUCAAUAUCACCAGCCCACAGCUCGCCAUACAGGUUUCAAAUGAAAGCAACAUUGUUCCUCACAAGGAGCAGACUGCCACAGUGACCUUCACCAACCCAUUCUCUCACAUGGUGAGUGGAGUCCUGACUGUAGCCGGGGCUGGGCUGAUCCCGGGCAAGAUUAACUUCAGGAUGCUCCCACUGCAGCCAGGAGGAAGAGUGCUGCAGCCCAUCACUUUCAUCCCCAACAUGGCGGGAACAAAGAUGCUUCAGGCUAGCCUGUCACUGACAAACAUCAACACAACAAUCACAGGCUUUGAGAUGGUCUUUGUCAACAAAGUUUAGAUCCUUCUUGUUUGCCUCAGUUUGUCACAUUGGGGGCUGUACUUACAUUUAUUGAUACCAGCGUUUUUGUGCCUCAGAAACACGUUUUCAAUUAGGUUGUAACAGCUACAUUUCUCAGCUGAAGCCAGGUCGCAGAGGAAAGAUUCAGAUUACUGCCGCCCCGUCGUGUAGCCAAUCCUCGUGUUUUUCUGUUGCUGUGUAUGAUUUAAAUAUGAAUGUAAAUUAUAAGUAUUUAUUUAUUUAUUUACUUGAAAUUGAAAUUGUGCUUUUUGAACUUUUUGAAAAAUAAAAUAAAGUGCUUAAAAACUA